AUGAUUUCUUCUACUUUGGCAUCUCAACCACCGGAUGAAAUUAUUAGUACAAAUUUGGAAGCCAAGCCUAGCAAUGAAUCACCGUUGGGAUCUAAUAGUUCCAAUCAUGAUAACACUGCAAUUUUCAAAUUUGGAAAUAAUUCUUCUGUACUAGCUGCAGUGGCUCAGUUUCCAAGUGCUGACUGUGUUGUGGCAUCAACUAGUCUUUCAAAUUCUGCAGUUGGUUCUACUGCUGCAUCAAGUUUGCCUCCAGAUAGCAGCAGAAACCAAUCUUCUUUUGCUGCAAAAACAUUAUCAGAUGCAAGCAACAAUCUUAAGUUUAUUUCAUCGAAGUCAAAUAAGUUAGACUUAUUGUAUCCAGACAACAGUGUCAACAGCUUGCCUAGUGUUACUGGAUUUGGUGGAAUUCGUGCAACUCAAACUGAAAGUCCAACCUCAAAAAAUUCUGCUUCAGUGAAUCUGUUCAAAUCAACUUCUGGAAACGGAGCUAACAGUAGCUUUGAUACGGCAACACCCAGAGUCCCAAGCUUUGGAAACAGUUCUGCUACUGCAUCAAAUCCGUUCCCAAGUGCCAGCGGGAGCCACUCUACUUUUUCGCCAACUUUCUUAGGUGCAAGCAACAAUAAGUUUAGUUUCAGUUCAACAAAAGUUGAUAAUAUAGCCUCAUCAGAUCUAUACAAUGGUUGCAAAAUCUCUUCUAGUGCCAUUGCCCCUGGGUUUGCUGAAACUCUCCCAACUCAAGCUCAAAAUGGAAGCUCUGAUGUUUUAGCAAGUCAGGUCCAGUUAACUUCUGGCCAAAGAGCUAGCGGUUGCUCUGUUUCUGCUGCACCCUGUAUCUCAAGCUUUGCAAUAACUUCUGCUUCUCCUGCAUCUAGUCUGUUUCUGCAUGCUGGUGGAAGCCAACCUGCUGUUGCACCGACAACAUUAUCAGGUGCAAGCAACAACCUUUUCAGUUUUAGCUCCAAACCCAAAGACACUGGCUUAUCAGUACUCGACAAGAGUGCAAAGACCUUUCCUGGUGUUUCUGAUACAGAAUUUGGUGGAAUUCCUCGAACUCAAGUUCUAAGUGGAACCUCACUUAUUUCUAGCAGUUGGCCAAAUCAGUCCCAGUCGUCCUGCUCUUCAACUAUCGGAAUGAACAUUUCUUCCUCAUCAGGUUUAGGCAGCUCACCUUUUGUAACAACACAUACAAAUUCCAAACUGUUAAACCCGACUUCAUCUUUCCCCAUGGGUUCUGGUUUGUCCAGUCCCAGUACUGAUGCUGCUGCUACUGCUACUGCUACUGCUACUACUACCUCUCCAUUGGCAACGAGCUCUAAUGUCUUCGGUUUGAAUUCUCAACCACCAACAUUGCCCGCUUCUAGUCUUUUUGCUGCAAGCGCAUCUUCUGAAAGUUCUGGAUUUGCAUUUGCCACACCAUUUAUAUUUAAUUCAACAUCGAAUCUGGCAUCUUCUUUUAGUCCUGCUGCUAGUACAUCAGUUUCUUCCAGACAUCCCACAUUUGGCUUGCAGAAUUCAGCAGUUGGUGUUAGUACAUCUGGAGACAAUGAGAUGAGUAUUGAGGAAAGCAUGAAUGGGGACAAUAACCAGUCAGCGGGUAAUAUGUUUCAACAGUUUGGCCAACCAGGAUCAGCAGCUGCACCAGCAUUCAGCGCUCCGGCAGCUCAAUCUGCUUCACCCUUCUUUCAGUUUGCUAGUAAGCAGAAUCCCACACUUCCGUCGUCGGCUCCACCACAAUUUCAACCAUCUGGCAGUAUGGAGCUCCCUCAAGGAGGAAGUUUUGCCAUGGGGAGUGGUGGUGGGGGUGGCGACAAGUCCAGCCGCAGAAUAAUAAAGGUUCGAAAAGACAAGAUGCGGAAAAGGUAG